AUGUUCUUGAAGUUCAAUGUGGACGGAAGUUGUUCUGGAGGCAAAGGAGGUUUUGGCGGAUUGUUCAGGAGCCCAGCUGGUGAUAUUCACUCUUUUUACGCCAAACACUUGAAAGAAACUACUAGCUUUCAAGUAGAGUUGUUAUCCGUUCAAGCUGGUUUGCAAAUCAUUUUGAAGAAAUCCUUAAAGAAGAUUGAGCUGGAAACCGAUAAUGAGCAAAUUGCUCGUAUCUUACGGCAGGAUGAAAAAAUUAACAAAGUUGAUCCAAUACUGACUGACGUUAUGACCAAGUUGACGUUUGCCAGUGAACAUCUGUAUGACAUCCGCAUAAACCAUAUCUAUCGUGCAGCCAAUUGUUGUGCCAAUUACUUGGCAAAUAAUGCACGGGUUUCUCAAGACUCGCCCUCCCAUUAG